CAAUUUCCACGUCAAACGAUUGCGAGCCGAAGCGUAUAAGAGCUAUUUAAUAUUUGUUUGAAUUAAGCUGAGUACAAUCGUGAUGGUGAGCUUGUUACAGGAAAUUGACACAGAGCAUGAGGACAUGGUUCACCAUGCUGCGCUGGAUUUCUACGGGCUGCUGCUGGCCACCUGUUCGUCAGACGGCAGCGUCCGAAUUUUUCACUCACGUAAAAACAAUAAGGCGCUUGCUGAACUUAAAGGACACCAGGGCCCAGUAUGGCAAGUAGCAUGGGCGCAUCCUAAGUUUGGCAACAUAUUAGCAUCGUGCUCUUAUGAUCGCAAAGUAAUUAUAUGGAAAUCGACUACACCCAGAGAUUGGAUUAAGAUAUACGAAUACAGCAAUCACGAUUCCUCGGUCAACUCUGUGGAUUUUGCGCCGCCUGAAUACGGUCUAAUCCUAGCGUGUGCCAGCUCAGAUGGUUCAAUUUCUGUGUUAACAUGCAACACGGAGUACGGUGUUUGGGAUGCAAAGAAGAUACCCAAUGCACAUACAAUUGGAGUGAAUGCUAUUUCCUGGUGCCCGGCACAGGCACCGGAUCCGGCUUUUGAUCAGCGUGUCACUUCGCGCAACGCAUCAAUAAAACGUUUGGUUAGCGGUGGCUGCGAUAAUCUCGUCAAGGUUUGGCGUGAUGAUAAUGAUCGAUGGAUUGAAGAACACCGUCUCGAAGCACAUUCAGAUUGGGUUCGUGAUGUGGCAUGGGCACCAUCAAUUGGGCUGCCACGCUUCCAGAUAGCAUCGGCCUCUCAAGAUCGCCAUGUUAUUAUAUGGAGCAGCAAUGCUGAUUUGUCACAGUGGACAUCAAGUGUACUGCACACGUUCGAUGAUGCAGUAUGGAGUAUUUCCUGGUCCACCACGGGCAACGUUCUUGCUGUUACUGGUGGUGAUAAUAAUGUUUCCUUGUGGAAAGAAAACAGUGAGGGUCAAUGGAUACGCAUUAAUUAUGAAUCAGGCAUUGCCAUUCAAUCGAAACAGUCGCAUAAUUUACACAAUCCCCAACAGCAGCCCCAACAGCCAUCAAAUAUACCACUGUCGUCGGACUCUGAACAUAGCUCGAACUUAUCAAAUUCGAACUUGUCAAACUCGCAGCUGUCAAACUAGAAAUGUUAAAUAGAUCGUGUCUAUGGCCGGUUUAAUUUUAAAAUUAUGGUCAAUAUAUCUUGAAAAUGCGAAAUAUAUUUUAAAUAGAGGAAAUACAGUUUUUCCAAAUGGUGGUACGUUCCAAAAGAAAUAAAAUACUUUUUUUUAAACGGUUUA